AUGAAGAUUACUGACCCUGAGGAGCUACAGGAGGUUCCAAUGCAGUUGGCUGGGGAUCCAUACUUUCCCCAAGAUGCUCCAGCAGAUCACCCAGAUGAGGAGGAUCCAUCUGAGGAUGAAGAGGAGGAUGAUCUCGAAGAGGAUGAAGAGAAGUUAUUUUGCCUCAAAUCUCUCAAAUCCAAGCUCUUGAUCGAUCUUCUACAACUCCAAGCUUCAAAAUAUGUUCUUGGUCCUCAAAAGACGACAACUGCUCCAACUAGGGAUGAGCAAAAGGACCGGACCGACUGGAACCGGCCCGAACCGGACCGGAACCGGGAACCGGCUUCGGUCAAAAUCAAGAACCGAACCGGCCCGGUGGUUCUAUCGGUUCCGGUUCUACCGGUUCCCGGUUCCUACCGGUUCUUGUCGUGUCUUCAAAUGUUGGAACCGGUCCUUGAAAAAUAG